UUGGCUCGAGAUGCUACAGACCUCCUGUAGCCAAACCCUCUUUGGGACCCGAGGCUUUCGGAAAAUUCUCUGAGAGCCCGCAGCCUGGUAGUGGACAUUCAUAUCAGCCCCAGCCAUUCAACCUCAUGAAAGGCCAAGGUGGGCCAGCGCCGGCGGACUAUGGCGCUGUGGAGUCUGGUGAGAAUGGAAAGAAAGGCGGGAUCGUCACAGAGGAGGAACGCGCCAAACAGCGGGCCAAGCCGUCAUGGAAAGACUUACCACCCUUGCUCCUUCCGUGGUUUCUCUUUGGUAUGGUGCUUCUCUCCACUGCCCUGGUUCAGGGAUCAACCCUUUGCAUUUUAGCUCUUUCGGCCAGCGGGCUCCUUUCGAUUGGAUUCCUGGUGUUUUCCAGGGCGCCAGCAUGGAAGGUUCUAAGCUUCGUGUGCAUGGGUGUGACCGCCGUGGGCUGGGGCAUGGGGCUCUAUGACGAGGCCAAGUACUUGUACCCCUUCCAUUUCUAUGAGCGAAGCCCUAGCUAUUUGUCAGUGGACCUCACUUCAAAGCCCGGGUCCGUGGGAGAUGCAGGCUUCCUUCGAUUCCAAGAUGGCACCCAUGUGGACAGCACGCGUGGGGUUGGCUUCGUCUCCGGAGCCCUUUGGUGCGCUGCGCCGGUCGUGCAGAACGAUUCCGUGACCUCUGCCAGCUAUUGGGCCGUGGGCAAGGACUGCUGCCGGAUGAGAGCUUGGUUCAAUUGUGGCGAUGCUAUGAACCAAAGCGUCCGCAGUGGUGUGGUGAUCCGAGACGCCAGUCCAAUACUUAAAGGCGAGCUGCCGCAGUACAUGGCGGCUGCACGGAUGGCUGCUGAGACCUAUGGUAUGAACCUUCCUCCGGAUCCGGUCUUCAUCCGCUGGAAUGACACGCCGGAGGCCAAUCAAGCCUGGUAUUGGAACAAUGCAGUGAGCUUUGUGAUUUAUUCGCUCUUGGUCUUCUUGCUAUUGGCACCAUUGUUCCUGCUUUUGCUGACCUGCACCGGAGCCUCCCUUUUCGGCAUGGAGGCGAGCGAGAGGUUCCAUCCAGAGAAGUUGGAUCUAAUCAGCUUUGGCUUUGACUGGACGCCCCGAGCAUAUCCUGGCUACCUUCGCCAGGACUUGCUGAACAAUCGGAGCUUCUGGACUGGGGAAAUCAUCGAAGACUACCUGUUUCACGCAGCGAAUCGCCAUGUGUACUUGAGCUGCUUGCUGAGCCAUCCAGCACAUCCAUACAAGAAGUGGCAGCGCAUCAUUGUGGCAGGAGUUGCCACAGUUGUCAGCUGGUCCUUGGUUGCAGCAGUGUCCACCUGGGCCAGCUCCUGGAUGCUUCGAAAUGUGAUGAUGAUCUUCCUUUGCCUCACCUUCCGCAACGCCUUGAAGCUCGUGUUUAUCUCCUAUGGGGUCCAGACGGACUCGGAUCAGCAUGUCCACCAUUCAGCCACCGCUUCAGACUUCAGCAUGAACCAGUUGGGCUUAGCUCUACUCUUCAUCCUCUUGGCCGUCUCCACCUGCGGGGCUUCGAUGGCCCUCAUCAACGCCAACGCGAAGAGCUCCAGCGGUGAGGCGAUGUCCGAUAGCACUGACGUCUUCGCGUACAUGUAUGUCUUGGACUUCCUGGUGGACCUCUUCACCCCCUACCUUGGCCGGGACAACAACCGAAGUAAUACAUGGGCCAUUGGCUUCUUUGGCAGGUGGGUGUACGAGAGAAAUGAGUUUGAGUCCGCCAAGUCGCAGAUGCAGAAUCAGAAGUUCCGCUGGAGCUCUCUGGGUGCCGAAGUCUUUGGGGUCGGCUCGGAGCGCAAACCAGGACAGAAGAAGAAGACACCGAGUCCAGGACCCCAAGAAGGUCAGCAAUAUUUGGUGCCGCACGGAACCAUAGAGCCCACCCAGGGCCAGGCCAAGAAGUUGGGCUAAGACUCUGCUGACUGGAGAAAAAAGG